CACUGCUUCAGAAAUUUCUUCUCGCGUGGAAAGUCGAAAGAGGAGUCUGUGAGUCAGCCCGGCUGGAAGCUGUUCAGCAAGCAUCCUCCUGCGAAGCUGCUGCCGAGCUCUGACAGGGAAUCAGACGUCAGCUCCACAUCACAGGACGAUGCGGACGACUCGCCCGGACGCUCACGCAAGUCUGAUCUCAUCACCCCGACCUCCACACUCAUACUGGAGAGCCGGCCUGCGAACCUGCCAGCGAAGACUCCAGAAGAAGAGAUGAAGCAUAAGUCUGAAUAUGAAGCCAUGGUUACUCAGGCAAAAAAACGAGAAGCAAAGGAUGCAAAACUGCGCAAGCGGUUACUACAGCGUCAAAUGAAGCAGGAAGACUUUGUUGCCCAGGCAACGCGAUUCUGGAAUGAAGAGGUGUUACCUAACUGGACCAGCAUGAGGACUAGCAGGAAGGUGAGAGAGCUGUGGUGGCAGGGCUUGCCACCUAGCAUGCGCGGUAAGGCAUGGAAGCUUGCCAUAGGCAACGAUCUCAGCAUCACGUCAGAACUCUACGAAAUUUGCGUGAUGCGUGCCAAGGAGCGCCUGCAGUGCUCGACAGAGGGCGCCGCCGAGCCCGACGAUGCGCCAUCUGAAUCACCAGCUAACAGGGAAGACAGUGUGGAGUUGAUAAGGCUGGACGUAUCACGCACGUUUCCUCAUCUGUGCAUCUUCCAGAAGGGAGGACCUUAUCAUGACCUGCUACAGAACAUGCUGGGAGCGUACGCUUGUUACAGACCUGACGUUGGCUAUGUGCAGGGGAUGUCUUUCUUGGCAGCCAUGUUGUUGUUAAACAUGGACGUCGCAGACGCGUUCAUUUGUUUCUCUAACCUGCUCAACCGGCCGUGUCACAGAGCGUUCUUCCGCGUCGACAACACCAUGAUGAAGGCUUAUUUCGCAACAUACGAAGAACUGUUUGAGGAAAACCUGCCGAAAUUGUAUACACACUUUGAGAAACUGAAUGUAACAGCUGACAUCUACCUUAUAGAGUGGUUGUACACGAGCUUCAGCAAGUCUCUGCCACUAGAUGUCGCCUGUAGAGUGUGGGACAUCUUCUGCCGUGACGGCGAGGAGUUUUUCUUCAGGACUGCUCUCGGGGUGCUACGAAUGUAUGAGGACAUGCUACUCAACCCUGACAUGGACUUCAUCCACACAGCCCAGUUUCUUACCAAGCUCCCUGACGACAUAUCUGCAGAACAACUGUUCAGAAACAUAGAACACAUCCGUACGCAUGUUGAUAAGCGUAGGUUCUCACAGGUUCUUGCACAUCAUAUGGAGGCUGCUGAUGGGUCACGGGAUACUUAGCAGCAGCGGGAACCAUCGUCGUCGUGGUUGCCGUGGUUACCCGGCAGGAGAUGCCCAGCCACCGUGUUGUCACACUAGUCGAUGUGUGGCCCGAUUGAUCUGAGAUAUAUGACAAUCUCUACUCUACCAGACGCACGAGACACGGUCGUGAAUGCUCCACGGCUGUGGGAACAGUGGUUGACAGACCUCAUUGCCAUUGUUAGGUUGAGUGAUGUUACUAACAGAGUGAAGAGACUUUGUAGUGUAGAGAUCACUGCAUUCACUCAGUUGUAACCGCAGUGCAACACGUGAAACAUUGCCAACGAACACACUGAUUGAGAGUAUGGUGCGAGGCUGAAACUUGUGUGGAACUCUCUUUAUUCGCACUCAUAUAUGCAACAGUGGCUGUCACCAAUAAUUACAACUCUGUGAACACAUUGUCGUGGCCAUUCACUGUACUAUAUGUGGCAAAAUCAUUUUCAUGAUUGCCCGUGGAGGCGUGUCAACGUGUUUUUCUAACAGUUGCCGAGAUCCCAGAUACACGGUGGGUGUGUUUAUAAAUCUCGUCUGCAUAUAUGGUUCCGUGACCUUGAGUUAUUUAUGCUGGGAGAAAUGGCUGAUCUGUUUCUAGCUAGAGAACAGGCACAGAAUCAACAUCAGUCAUACAUGCAUCACUGCCGAUAAAUCCACGUUUGGAGAAGCUAAUAUUAAAUGUAAUGUUGGUUUCUCCUCAUCAUCCCUUAUCUUCGGAAGACAUUUGCCUGUGCAUCCUACGCGAUGGGCUCUUCCUUCCAAAUGAAUGGGUGGAAUUUUGGGUGCCAGGACCAGUGGCACAUUUUUAUCAAAUAACUUAUAUGGCCGAUGUUUAUAAAGCUGUACGCGUUCUACCACUGUUAGUAAAGCAUUCACUGUUAUAGCAACCAUGUCGCUCGUGCGCUUGUUCUAAGAGCUAUUGUACAGCUCAGGUUCAGAUUUUUGUAAAUAUAGUUGCAUUUUCAUGUGAGCUGUGAUAUUACAUUCACCACAUGUAAAGCACCUAGCAGAUUUAGUAAUAGGUAUUGCAAAGCUAGGAAAGUAGAAGCUAGGUCUAUUGUUGUCAGUGGAAAAUGUCUGACAGGUGUGAUCUUCACCCACCCCAAGAAAUGCGAAGUACCUGAUAACACGAAUUUACACGAACUUGCCCUAGCGGUAGAGGCUGUACUCACCGCCGGGGUGUAUGCUAGAUAGGUAGAUACACAAUAAGGACAGUUGCCAUCAACUGCCUCGAUGUAUGAUAAUGAGUAGGUAGGUAUACGUAGAAGCAAGAUUGUUUGCAGUUGUCAGGCACACACUAUACUGGAUCUCCAGCUACUAAUCUUCGUACUUGUGUUCUUUAUUUUAACAUUUAUUAGUUGAAUUUUGAUGUCCAUAUAUUUGACAUGUGUGUCUCUACUGUGUUCUACUUCAUAGCUGAAGUAUUUUAUCAUGUAUUACUUACAUAUGUAUAUAGAAUAUCUGUCAAUGAUCUGAGCAAUGCAACCUUACUAUUAUUGUAUAUAAGAAGGAAAUAACUAGAAUAUUCUGUGUAAUAAACAGUAUUAAUGCAAUUCGUCGACGUGGGAAAGUUGAGCUGACCGGGAGUGUUACAAAGAAACCUGUGAUGAUCCGUUGGUUUGUGGUUCCUGUGCAUGACACCAGGUGGCGAGCGUUUCUCUGCUUUAUGGAUGUCACACAAGGAGGAAGGAUGUUGUGUUUGUAUGCAGAAGACGACUUGCCUGCGUAGCUUGGUGUAAAUUCCCAGGUCUAGCAACAAUGAGAGUGACAAGCUAACACCACGGCACGGUCUCUGUCAUGACAACCAGAGCAUGGACGUAAGGUAUUUUCGGUCCUUACAGCCGAAUACUGAAUGUUGGCGUUAGCAGCCCUCGCUGUCGAGUCUCUCGAGCGCCACCUGUUGUUAGGAUUCCACUCAUACUAAUAUAAUUAUGCCAAUGGGCUGUCAGACUCUGUAAUCACUGCAUUGUAUUACACUACAUUGUUUUCAUAUAUGAGAUUAAUAAAUGCCUGUGGUAAAUUCUCAUCUUA